CAUGGCAAUAUUGGGAGAUUAUUCACACUGACAGCUGUGGGGAAGUUAGGAAAGUACUAUAGUCCCUUAAAGAAAUACAAAUAAUAAAGUAUAUCGCAACUAAAAAUCGUGUGGAAAAUACAUUAAGAACACAACUGACGUUGUAUUGCCAAAAGCAUAAGAUAACACUUGUCAUCAUCAGAUAACGUUAGGUAGCUUUGUUUAUUUUGAGAUACAGCCUACAAUCCAGUUAGCCUUUACGGUGUGACAAGAUCAAUGUAAUUUUAACGAUUUAUCGAGUAAAACACGACAAACAAUGACAAGCAUUUUGGUAAAACAUAGAGAUAAAGCUGAAGCAAACAGGGAGUUCGUCCCUCUAGACGUUAUUAGGCUACAUGGAGGCGCACUUCUGUUCCGCAUAAUUCGGUUUAGGGGAGCAGGUGCAGGAAAGGGGCUGAAGCGUCACCACAGAUAAAGCAAUACAUUUCAUUUAACUGUAGCGUUGAAUUUCUAUACACGAACACUGUGUCGGAAGAUGGUAGCAAAACAACGAAUCCGUAUGGCAAACGAGAAGCACAGCAAAAACAUCACUCAGAGAGGAAACGUGGCAAAGACCCUGCGACCACAAGAGGAGAAAUACCCUGUGGGACCAUGGCUUUUGGCACUUUUUGUAUUUGUUGUUUGUGGAUCAGCUAUCUUUCAGAUCAUACAAAGUAUUCGAAUGGGAAUGUGAAUUCCAGAAUUCUUCACAAUGUACCCUGCCCUACAUCUGAAUGAGAUUUAUGGGUGAUCGGAUACAACCUGUCAGAAAACUGGAUGGUUACAAUAUACCUUUUGGGUCCUACGAAGGGUUGUAUGCUAGAGUUUGAUCCAGGGUACAAUACUACAUGACAUUUUGUUACAUGUUUACAGUUUCCCUGUAUGAAGGGAACCAGUACUUUUCUACAGAACCAUUGUUGUUGUUGUUGUCUCCCCAAAUCUCUUCACUUUCGCCAAAUUCAUUUAUGUUUACUGAUCGCUUGUCAUUAACUAUUUCUAUUACAAAUAAACGUCAAACACAUUUGGAUAGUGCUUCAUAAAAAGGUAAACUUAAAAAAGCAGAAUGUUUGUGUAAACAUUUUUAAAUCAUACAGAAACAACUAAUAGUUGUAUAAAAUCAUAGUACAUGAUAGAUGUUCCAAAUGUACAUUUAUCAAAUAGCACACUUUCUGUAUAGACAAUCCCACUGGAGAAGCUGAAGAUUACAUUGACAAAACAUUGACUAUUAGAACAUUCUUGGCAUUUUAAAUCUAAGUCACUCUUUAGGUUUUUGCAAGUUUAACAAUAUAAAUCACAUCAUAAAGCAGUUUUAAUAACCGAGAAGUUCAAUCUCUUAAAUUAUCCCAAAAAUAUAUUUAAAACAUUGGAUUUAGCAGACAAUUUUAUCCAAAGUGCCUUUGUAUUAUUAGUAGUAAUGCUACAUCAAAGAAACAGUUGGAGCUUGACUGCAAUCUAACGUUGGUACUAGACAUAAUUGUACAACAACAGCAAGAAAUAU